CAUGGUUAAGAAAACCCCCACCACCCCAUAACCACUAUCUCCCAGUGGUUUAUAUAUGGAAGAAGUGGAAACCCUCAAAACCUGCAAAUCCCAACUUUCACCAUAACCAUAAAUUGGAGAACAACUCAUCAAGUGAAGAAGAAAUGGUCGGAGAUGGAAACCAGCAUGGCAUGAUGGUUCAUGUACCGCCAUGGACGACGAUGAUGGAUGAUCCGGUAGCCGGAAUUUCACCUUUUUCUCCUCGCAGUCCCAAUGCCAUCAACAGCCUCACCUCCAUGGAAGACUAUGCUUAUUUCCUCCGUAGCGACGCCGCACUCCGCCGCUAUCUUGAAGAAGAUCUCGACGGAGAAGGGUCGGGGUCGGGUUGUACGGAUUUCGACAUCACAUCGGAGGCGUACGCUUGCGAUAGCUUUCGGAUGUACGAAUUUAAGGUACGAAAAUGUUCUCGUGGUCGGUCGCAUGAUUGGACCGACUGUCCGUACGCUCAUCCUGGUGAGAAAGCUCGCCGGCGAGAUCCCCGGAAGUACAGUUACUCCGGCACCGCUUGCCCUGAGUUUCGGAAGGGAAACUGUAAGAAAGGCGACGGUUGUGAGUUUGCUCACGGUGUUUUCGAGUGCUGGCUCCACCCACACCGCUACCGUACUCAGCCGUGUAAGGACGGCGUUAAUUGCCGCCGUCGAGUUUGUUUCUUUGCUCACACGCCGGAGCAACUACGUGUAGUGAGUCCCCACACCGACUCUUACGAUGGGUCGUCGUUAAAAACCCUCCCGGCGUUCUUCUCCUCGCCGUCGGAGACUUCCACACCGCCGUCUGACUCACCACCGAUGUCUCCGAUGGACAGUUCGCUCAGCCGGUCGUUGGGUUCAGUGUCGGUGAGCGAUAUGUUAUCAUCUCUUCGGCGAUUGCAGCUCAACAAAACCCCAUCCAUGGUGACGCCAUGGAACCUGCAAAUGGGUCGGAGCCUUGCUUCUCCCCGAUCGGGUUUCUAUAGCCUGCCGUCGACCCCGACCCGACCCGUGACCCGUGGAGUCGGGUUUUCGGAGAUCUGGGAAGAAGAACCGGCGAUGGAAAGGGUGGAAUCCGGGAGAGAUUUGAGGGCAAAGAUGUUUGAAAAGCUGAGCAAAGAGAAUGGGGUGGAUAGUCCGGGAGAAGGUCCGAACCCGGAUGUUGGGUGGAUAUCGGAGCUUGUGAAGUGAGGAUGAUUAAUUAUGUGUUGAUUAGUAAUUAAUGUGUGAUUUGGGAAGAAAAGCAGCCAUUUUGUUCUCUCCCUUGUCAUGUAAAUAGAUGAAGGAGGAGGGGGUAAAAGUGCAACUUUUGUAAGGGUAUUUUGGUCAUUGGAUGAGACAAGGGAGGGAAAGUGUUGGGGUUAUGGUGGUAAUUUUAUUUUCUAAUUAUUAAUUUAAAAAAUGAAAAUUAUAAAUUAAAUGUAAUUCCCCAAUAAUCUCCUCCUCCAGAACUAACCCUUUUUAUUGUAUUAAUGUUAUUGUAUUAAAUCUAUUGAACCAAGUGUUUCUAUGUUCCAUGUGUCCCCUUUUGUGGAAUAAAAAUCUUCUAUUUUAUGGU